AUGCUUUCUGCAAUACUCCCGCAAGCGCCUACUUUGCGUGCACCUCUCGCAAAGGACGAUCCUGUCUCCCUUCAGAGAUCCCAGCGACAGCCCUUGACUCUCGACGAGCUUGUCCGCCAACGUGCAUCUCUAGGUGAUUCACAGCCUGUCAUUUCCUACCCGCACAACGGGAUCGAGUAUGUGGAUUAUCCCCUUCGCCAACUCGAUGUCUACGCCUUCCGCGUCGCGCAAGUAUUGGCCAAGAGUAUUCCGCCUCGGAAAUCCUCCGCGGAGGCUCCCACCGUCAUGUCUUUACUAGGUCCUUCGGACCUCAAUUAUCUUGUCAUGCUCCUGGCGCUGGCCAAACUCGGACAUUCCGGUCUGCUGCUGUCCACGCGGAUAUCGAUCGACGCCUAUGUGUCGUUGCUGGAAAGAACACAGUCGAGGCAUAUUUUCAUCCAUUCAUCCUUCAGAGAUACAGCCGAAGAGAUCAGGAAGCGCGUUCCUGACUUGCUCAUCGAUGAGAUACCGACUGAGAAAUGCUACGACUUUCCAAUCCCGGACGAAGAAAUUGACACCAACCUGACGCCAUCUCUGGAUCCGGUUGCGGAGUCCAAACAUAUCGCAUGGAUUAUCCACUCCAGUGGCUCGACAGGCCUCCCGAAGCCCAUCUUCCACACCCAACAAGCUGCCAUGAAGAACUAUGCGGGCCAUAUGAACAUGUGCGGGUUUGUGACGCUGCCGCUGUAUCACAACCACGGGAUUAGCUGCCUGUUCCGCACGAUUCAUGCCAGCAAGCAGUUGCAUCUAUACAACGCCAAGUUGCCGCUGACGAGGCAGUAUCUUCUUCAUAUCAUGGAGUCUCAUGACUUUGAGAUCUUCUAUGGUGUCCCCUAUGCUCUCAAGCUGCUCGCGGAGACCCCCGAGGGUAUCGCUGCGCUUGCAAGGUUCAAGGCGGUGAUGUUCGGCGGGUCAGCUUGUCCGGAUUCACUGGGGAACCUCCUGGUUGAGAAUGGGGUACAUCUCAUCAGUCACUAUGGAUCGACAGAGACCGGCCAGUUGAUGAUGUCCACCAGACCUCGAGAUGACAAAGGGUGGGACUGGCUUCGUCCGUCCGAGACGGUCCAGAAGUAUCUGCAAUUCGAGGAGCGGUUCCCCGGGGUGUUCGAGCUUAUUUGUCUGGACGGCUGGCCCUCGAAGGUCAUGUCCAACCGCCCGGAUGGCUCGUAUGCCACCAAGGAUCUGUUUGUGAAGCAUCCAACCAUGACCGCAUAUAAGUACUAUGCCCGGCUGGACGACACACUCGUCCUUGUAAACGGCGAGAAGGUGAACCCGCUCGACCUCGAGGGACGCGUCCGGCAGAAUAGUGCAGUGAGUGAGGCUAUUGUCUUCGGGGCGGGCAAGGCCUGCAUCGGGCUCGCGGUAGUCCGUGCCCCUGACUCUCAGUCUCUGUCUGACGAAAAGAUCGUGGAAUCGAUCUGGCCUGCCGUCGAGAAAGCCCACGAAUCCAUGCCUGCGUUCGGUCAGCUAUCCAAGAGUAUGGUGCGUGUCUUACCCGCGGAUGCAAGAUAUCCUCGCACGGAUAAGGGAACCGUUAUCAGACAAGGCUUCUACCGGGAAUACGGACGUCUGAUUGAAGAGGCCUACGAGGCUGAAGACGCCAUGACGGGGACCUUGGUACUGUCGGAGGCACAGCUCCGGUCGUUUCUUAAGAAGCAGCUCGCGGAUAUCCUCCCACUCAAGAGUCAGGGUCUGUUGACUGACGAUGCGGACUUCUUUGCUCUGGGAAUGGACUCGUUGCAAGCCACGCAGCUGCGCUCGGUGGUUUUGAGAGAGAUCGAAACGAAUGGACAGAAGCUGGGGCUCAAUAUCGCCUUUGAGCAGCCGAGCAUCCGCUUGCUGGCUCGGUAUCUUGCUAAUCUUCAGACUGGCGUGACAGAUGAUGGUGAAUCGAUUGUUGAGCAGAUGCAGGGCAUGAUUGAGAAGUAUAGCCAGUUUGAGGAGCAUGCGCCGUGUGCAAACGACUUGGACGGGCAGUACGUUCUCGUCACCGGCGCAACUGGGUCUCUGGGAAGCCAUGUCGUGGCCCAGCUUGCAGCCCACCCCGAGGUCAAGAAGAUCUACUGCCUCAUCCGCGCCGCAUCCCCCAUCGACGCCUACACCCGGCUUCACCAAUCCCUCACCACGCGCCUCCUCUACGCCUCUCUGACCCCCGAAGCGCGCAGCAAACUCGUCGCCCUCCCCUCCAACCUCAGCGACGACUCCUCCCUCGGCCUGCCCCGUUCCACCUACACCACCCUCACCAGCGAACUCACCAGCGUCAUCCACUGCGCCUGGUCCGUCAACUUCAACCUCACCCUCCGCAGCCUGGAGAAGGACAACCUGGGCGGCCUGAAGAAUCUGCUGGCAUUAUGCCUCAAAGCCCACCGCCCCCACCCGGCCACCUUCAACUUCUGCUCCUCCGUCAGCGCCGUCGUCAACUCGGACGUCAACCCCGUGCCGGAGACCCUGCCGUCCUCGCUCGCCGCCGCGCAGGGCAUGGGCUACGCACAAUCCAAGCUCGUCGCCGAGCACAUCUGCGCCCGCGCCGCCGCCACGGUGCCCGGCUUCGCCGUCCGGGUCCUCCGCAUCGGCCAGGUGAUCGGCGACACCGUCCACGGCAUCUGGAACGCCACCGAGGCCAUCCCCCUGAUGCUUCAGUCCGCCCGCACCAUCGGCGCCCUCCCCACCCUCGACGAGGAACCCCUCUGGCUACCGGUGGACGUCGUCGCCACCGCCGUGAAUGACAUCGCAUUAGCCUCGACUGCAGCCCCUACCGAUACCGAUACCCCCACCGCCACUGAUUCUGAUCCAGUGAACGUGAAUGUGCCCAGCAAAGCAGAAGGAGAAAUCUACAACCUCACCAACCAAUCCCCCUUCCACUGGACGCGGGAUCUCCUGCCCGCCCUCCGCCGCGCCGGGCUGGACUUCGUCGAGUUACCUCCAAGCCAAUGGGUGCAGCGUCUGCGCGACGCGGACCCGGACCCCGUGCGUAACCCCCCCGUGAAGUUGGUGGAUUUCUUUGCUGGCAAGUAUGAGUUCCCGGAGAGUGUGUUGGCGAAGCGCAGACGGCUGCGGUUCCGGACGGAGAGGGCUAGGGGUGUCAGUCGCGCGUUGGAGGGGGUCGGGACGGUGGUGGAUGGGGAGGCGGUGCUGGUUAGGAGGAUGGUGGAGUGGUUUUUGAGGGUGGGGUGGGUUGCAGGUGCUUGA